AUGGCCACCAGCUCGGAAAAGGAAAGUUUUGAAGAACUAAUAGAGAGCAUGAAAUUGGGCGAGGCGGAAAGGAUAUACGCGCUCUCGAACAGUGUCGGAAAGAUCCUGGAUGACUCGGAUGCUCGAAAAGUCCUAAGGCACUUCAUGGGAAGCGAAAAUAAGUCUGUGCAGUGUGUGGACAUUUAUGAGAAGUGCGCAGAGUUCCUUGAGAAGCACCCAAAGUACGAGUCCUGCGAGUUUGAAAUCCUGGCCCGACUGGGACUACCCCCCCAUCUGAAGCAGCGUCUAUUUUAUCGAUUGAACAAGGGUGAUCCCACUUCUAUCAGCCUGUGCCUUAAAAACAUCCAGGCAGAAUGUCUCAGUGAGGUGGCCGAGUCUUUUAGCGAUUUCAAAGACUCUAUCACAAAAGUACGAAUGAAUCUUAAACUAAAGACACUAGGAUAA